AUGGAAAAUAUUUUAAAGAACAAUGACAAUGGUUAUGAUAUUAAUGCAAAAGAAACUAAAGAUAUAAUUUUGCAAAACUACUUUUAUCAAGAAGAACCACCGUCUUCUCUAAUCAUAUCGUAUCAUAAUGCCAUCACUGAUAUAUAUCAUUUAAAAAAAUUGAACAGUAACCUGUCAGUCUCUCUAUUUGAAGAAUCAUCAUCUUCAUUACCACUGCCGCCAUUAUUAUUAUCAUCACUGCAAAUCAGUGCACAACGUAAUAAUAGUUUGUGUCUCUCAUCACAAUCCAAUCUACCUUUUAACAACAACAACAUUAACGAUCAUCAGAGGUCAUUUUUUUAUAACGCAAUCUUACAUACUGGAUUUGAUAAUUCAAUUCAUUUACCACAAAACACAACCAAUGGCUUUUCAAAUGAGAAUAGAAAGAUUGAUGAGCUGGAAAAUGAUGCAUUAGAAAUGCUUAUUAGAUUGAAAUGUAGCGACAAUUAUGAUGGUGAUGAUAACUAUGAUGAUGAUGGUGAUAAUAAAUUACACGAUAAGGAAUAUGAUGCAGCAGAAAUGCUUAUUAGAUUGAAAGAUGGUAAUGUUGUUGACGAUAAUAAUCAUAAACAUCGCAAUGAUGAAGACGAUGCUUUGGAAAUGCUUAUUAAAUUAAAGAAUAGUAAUGUAAUUGAUAUUGAUGACAAGUUAGGCAACGAAGGAAAAAUGGACAUUGGUAAUGAAAAUCGAGAAGACUACAAUAUGGAAAUUGAUUCUAAUAAUGAAAAAGAAUCUAAUGUUGGGAUAGCUAAUUAUCUAGGGAUAAACAAACAUGAUAUAUUAGAAAGCAAUAGAGUGUUAUUAGAAACUAAUAGAAAAUUAAUAAAUAAUAGAGAAAAGCCGCCAUAUUCUUAUUCCUCAUUAAUUGGACAAGCAAUUUUGCAGUCACCCGAAAAAAAAUUAAUUGUUAAUGAUAUUUUUAAAUGGAUAUCAAGUACUUAUCCUUAUUAUUCAACAAAUCAAGGUUCAUGGAAGAAUUCAAUUCGUCACAAUUUAUCAAAAAGCAAAAUGUUUAUUCGGGUAGAAAAUGGUAAUUCUCCAAGGACAUGUUGGUCCGUUGACCCUGAUUUAGAGCAUUGUUUCGUUGAUGGAGUAUUCUCAACAUUAUUAUCAGUAGCUUUAAUGUUUGACUCAUUUCUAAAUUAUCAAAAAGACCCUAAAGGAUGCAAUUUAUCAUAUAUGCAUCCUUAUUAUAUAAAACAAAAUGGAUUUGACAGUGAACAAACGCGAUUUGCCGGAAAAUAUAGCCUCUAUUUAUAUAGAGACCAACCUUAUGACACUAGUAAUCAACCUCUAGGAAUUCCUGCACUUUUUAUUCCUGGUAAUGCUGGCAGUUAUAAACAAGUACGUUCAAUAGCGGCAGAAACUUCAAAACUAUAUUAUGAAGUUAUAUCUAAACAAUCUAGAUCAUUUGUUGAUUUUAAUGAAGAGUAUUCAGCGCUUCAUGGGCAUUCUUUAUGUGAACAAGCAGAAUAUCUUAACGACGCAAUUAGAUAUAUUUUAUCGUUAUACCCAUCAAUUAGGAAAAGUCAACAGACAAGUUCAUCAUCUCAACCAUAUCCUGAUCCAACAGCAGUAAUAUUAAUUGGUCAUUCGAUGGGAGGUGUUGUUGCAAGAACUUUAUUCCAGACACCAAAUUUUCAACCUGGCUCAAUAAAUACUAUUUUAACAAUGUCUACACCUCACACCUUACCACCUGCUUCAUUUGAUUGGAAAAUAAAUACCGAAUCCUCAUCAAAUUCUUUGAUGGAUGUUACUUUAAUAUCAAUAGCUGGUGGAAAUUUAGAUACUAUAGUUUGUAGUGACUCAACAAAUAUAAAUUCACUUGUUCCUGAUUCAAAUGGUUUCACUGUUUUCACAACCUCCAUACCUAAAGUUUGGACUUCAAUGGAUCAUCAAUGUAUUUUAUGGUGUGAACAAUUAGUAAAAGUUGUUGCCAAUACUUUGCUAAACAUUGUUGAUAUCAGACGUUCAACCCAAACAAUACCAACAUCGCAAAGAAUGAAGGUAUUUAGAAAAAAUUUAUUGACAGGAUUAGAGGAUUCUAUUGACAUUGAUAAAUCUCCAAGGGGGUCGUAUCAAUUUUUAGAUAUGGGGCAAAGACUUGUUUUAAACAACACAAGCUCAAAAUCUCAAAUCUAUUUAAUGCCAAUUCCACCAUCAGCUCCGCAUUCUACUUUAAACACCUUCACGUUUUUAACUGAUCAAUCACUUUCAAAAUAUUCAGGAAUCAAACUACUUUUAUGUGAUGUUAUGCCAACCGAAGUACCUGAACGAGUGACCGACACCGAUUUCUAUUCAAACGAUUUAUUAUUACCUAUAGCGCCUAAAUUAUCAUGCUUUUAUAUCUCAUCUGAUGAUAUUGUUUUAUUACCAGAAUCGACAUUUGAAAGCAAAAACACAUUUUCUGAUAAAACAUUUAAUUUUGUGAAAUUAAAAGUAAAAGAAUUGGGUGAUUAUCAAUACAUUGUUGUUAUGUUUGAUGAAUUAAAUUUAAUGAAUAAAGGAUUUUUUAUUGGUGAAUUUUACGAUGAAAGUACAACAAUCAUGGAAAUAAAUAAGGUAUUGAUGGACGGAAUUCAUAUUGAUGCAUUUCCUGAACACAACGCACUAGUAUCUAAUUUAAAAAUUCCUGUGAUAGAUAGUAGUUUAUUGACCUAUAAAAUUUCAAUUCAACGUUCAGGAUGUGAUGGACAGCAACAUUUUGCACCAUUUUUACGUCAAUCAAUAUCAUCAAUGUAUGAAUCGAAAUUUUUCGUUAAUAAAGGAUUAGAAUUACAAUUUUGGAUUGAUCCAACGUGUCCUUCACCAUUAUCAAUUGAUAUAGAGUUUGAUUUUUAUGGCAGUUUGGGUAAAAUAGUGAUGCGAUUUCAGACAGUUUUGGCUGCUUUUCCCUUCAUAAUAGUUAUUAUAACCUUUUAUCAUCAAUUAAAAGAAUAUAAUCAUAGUGAUUUAUUGCCAAUUGAUUCGUACAUAAAUGAAAGACUACUAUCGUCAUCACUGUUUGAAAUUGACGAUAUUUUACUUGGAAACCAAAAUCUUUGUUUUUGGUUUUUGCCGGCUUUAUUUUUGAUAUUGAGUACCGGAAUAACAACUUUAUGUUGGAUAUUGUUAAGUUUAUUUAUUAAAUAUGUAGCAGGAAUAAUCAUUUUUAUUAAUAAUCUAGGAUUAUUAAAUCUUGAUAGACAAUUAUUUAGCAGACCAACUGAAUCCAACACAUCGCAAUUGCGAAGAAGAGUUAUCACCGCAACAAUAUUAUUUAUAUUAGUAGCAACAUUUGUGCCAUAUCAAUUUGCAUUUUUAGUGGCUUUUUUCGUUCAUCUUAUGUCAUGUAUACGGUCUUUGGUCAUGGCUCAUUUACAAAUUUAUAAUUAUUAUCAUUAUUUACAUUCAAUCCUAAUGAUUCUAUUUAUGUUACUGCCUUUCAAUAUACCUAUCCUAAUGGUAUGGAUAAGAAAUAUUUCAGUUAGUUGGUUUGAACCAUUUUCAUGGGACAACAAUGUUUUAGCAAUUGCACCUAUAGUAUUUUAUGUUGAGAUUAUCACUAAUGUAAAUAAUAUGUUGCCUAGAAUUGUCGAAAGUAUUACAUCUGAAAGAUUCAUGGACUGGAAAAACAAUUUAUCAUUAUCUGCUGGGUUUAUUCAAGUCAAAUAA